CAUCCUAAAACUAACCCCUUCAUUCUUUGUGUGUAGAAAGAAGAGAAGGAGAGAAAUGGCAGACCAAAUGUUUGGUGGGUCAUUUGGCCCAUUCCUCAACAAGGUGAAGCCUUACUUGGCUAUGGUUUCCUUGCAGUUUGGUUACGCAGGGAUGUAUAUUGUUACAAUGAUGUGCUUCAAAAGGGGAAUGAGUCACUGGAUUCUUGUUGUCUAUCGCCAUGCAUUUGCCACCCUUGCUGUUGCACCCUUUGCCAUUGUUCUUGAAAGGAAAAUAAGGCCAAAGAUGACACUCAGGGUCUUUAUUAAAAUAUUGGCUCUUGGUUUUCUAGAGCCAGUUAUUGAUCAGAACUUGUACUAUGUGGGACUGAAGAGCACAACUGCAACCUAUGCAUCUGCCUUUGUCAAUCUUCUCCCUGCCGUCACCUUUAUUCUUGCAGUUAUUUUCAGAAUUGAGAAAGUAAACCUGAAGAAGAAAUCAAGUAUGGCAAAGGUGAUAGGAACAGCAAUAACAGUGGCGGGAGCAAUGGUGAUGACACUUUACAAAGGGCCAAUGUUCAACCUGGUCCCACACUCUCGCGGCGGCAGCCACACUGCAGCCGCCGCGGCAACCCCCGAGAACUGGGUCGCCGGAACCAUUGAGCUCAUCUCUUGCAUUGUUGGUUGGUCCGGUUUCUUUAUUGUUCAAUCGAUGACAUUGAAGGAGUACCCAGCAGAGCUAUCUCUGGCAGCAUGGGUAUGUGUGAUGGGCGUAGUGGAAGGAGGAAUUGUUGCUCUUAUAAUGGAACGUGAUUGGAAUGCAUGGAAAAUUGGCUUCGACUCUAGGCUCCUUGCUGCUGCUUAUUCUGGAAUCGUUUGCUCGGGAAUUGCAUAUUAUGUGCAAAGUAUAGUUAAUAAAGUUAAAGGCCCGGUGUUCGUGACAGCCUUUAGCCCUUUGAGUAUGGUCAUCACUUCUGUUCUUGCUGCUAUUAUCUUGGCUGAGUCAGUCCACCUUGGAAGCUGCAUUGGAGCAAUUAUCAUAGUCAUGGGACUUUACUCUGUGGUGUGGGGAAAGAGUAAGGAGGGGAAAGGAAAUGAGACAGGAAAAGACCAAGAAUUACCAGUUGUGGACAUCAAAGAAAGGUCAACCAUAGUUGACGAUAUUAGUGAUGAUGUUACGACUGUGAAAUCAAAGGUUCCAGCUGAGAAGAAGGCUUCAAUCUUGCAAGAGCUGUAGCGUCCAAAAAUGAAGCUGUCUUUGCAAUGUUAAUUUUUGACUUGUUGCAAUGUUUAAAUUUCUAAGUGUUGCUUUGAAUCAAUGCACUAAUGUUGUCAAUUGUUCUUCAUGAAAAAAAUGUGUAAUCUACUUUUUGUGUAAAAGUCAAGGAGUGGUCUCUCCAUUUGGGAAUGAAAAAUGAAAAUGUUCUAAUUCACCCUUAAAAUUAAAUGGGUAGUAAAAGCUUCGCGUUCAGCUUUUUA